UUAAACUCUCUCUCUUCCUCUCCCUCUGCCUCUCGCUUGCCGACCUUCUUUUCUUACCCUUUGCUUCCUCUCUCCAAUGGAGUCCAAGAUUAAGACUUGGAGAACAUGACCAUCACUGCAAGCUUACAGAUCACCAAACCUCCGCCGAAUCCUGGGGUGCUGAAAUCGCCGUGUCUCGUAUCCCGCGUGUUCCCAACAUCCUAUAAUCGGCGAGCUCGGUGGUCCACAAAGUGCUGGGUCGGCAAGCAGAGGACUGAUCAGCCUAUAAUUGAUCACAUCAUCAAUGUCCUUGCCGACGAAGACUUGUGACUCCCUUAUAUUAACUUAAUAAAAUAUUGCUUUUUAUGGAAAAAAAAAAUUAUAUUUGGAUUAAAAUUAAAAAAUAAAAAGGAAAAAAUAAAAAAAGACCGCCACUCUUUUUCGUUUUAGCGGUUCGUAAGCCCCAAACGCCCACUGCUCACCGGUCACGGCAGACGAUUCACCUGAAUAGCUUCCAAAGCCAAAAAAAGAAACUGAAAAAAGCUAUCUUUUUCGAAGGAAGUUUAAAUCAUGGAAGAAGAUGAUGAUUACGUUGAGUAUGUGCCUGUGGCAAAGCGAAGAGCAAUGGAAGUUCAGAAAAUUCUUCAGCGCAAGGGGAAGUCUUCAGCACUUGAAGAUGAGUUGGAAAAAUCUAAACUUGCUGAAGCAAAACCGAGUCUCCUUGUUAAAGCCUCGCAGUUAAAGCGUGAGGCUCCUGAGGUUAGUCCAACUCAACAGCUGGUGCAGCAAGAGAAGGAAAUGAUUGAGCACUUAUCAGACCGGAAAACCCUUAUGUCGGUCCGGGAAUUAGCAAAGGGAAUUACAUAUUCAGAGCCUCUACCAACAGGUUGGAAACCACCAUUGCCAAUCAGAAGGAUGUCAAGGAAGCAAUGUGAUUUGAUUCGAAAGCAGUGGCAUAUCAUAGUUGAUGGGGAUGAUAUACCGCCACCUAUUAAGAAUUUCAAGGAUAUGAGAUUUCCUGAACCGAUUUUGAAGAAGUUGAAAGCAAAGGGGAUUGUUCAACCAACCCCAAUUCAGGUUCAAGGUCUUCCAGUGAUUUUAUCUGGGAGGGAUAUGAUUGGGAUUGCCUUUACGGGUUCAGGAAAGACAUUGGUUUUUGUGCUUCCGUUGAUCAUGGUGGCAUUGCAGGAGGAGAUAAUAAUGCCCAUUGCCCCUGGUGAAGGGCCAUUUGGUUUGAUUGUUUGCCCUUCCAGAGAGCUGGCCAGACAGACUUAUGAAGUGGUAGAACAGUUUCUUAUUCCCAUGAAAGAGGCAGGGUAUCCAGAACUAAGGCCUUUGCUCUGUAUUGGUGGAGUGGAUAUGCGAUCACAGUUGGAGGUUGUGAAAAAGGGUGUUCAUAUUGUUGUUGCUACACCUGGGAGGUUGAAGGACUUGUUAGCAAAGAAAAAGAUGAAUCUUGACAAUUGUAGAUAUCUAACCUUAGAUGAGGCUGAUAGAUUGGUAGAUUUGGGAUUUGAAGAUGACAUAAGAGAAGUUUUUGACCACUUUAAAGCUCAACGACAAACUCUGUUGUUUUCUGCUACCAUGCCCAGCAAAAUUCAGAAUUUUGCUAGAAAUGCUUUGGUUAAGCCUGUCACUGUUAAUGUAGGAAGAGCAGGAGCUGCCAAUCUUGAUGUGAUUCAGGAGGUUGAGUAUGUCAAGCAGGAGGCAAAAAUAGUUUACCUUCUUGAGUGCCUACAGAAAACCCCACCACCUGUUUUGAUAUUCUGCGAAAACAAAGCUGAUGUGGAUGAUAUUCAUGAAUACCUUCUCCUAAAAGGAGUGGAAGGUGUGGCCAUUCAUGGAGGCAAGGAUCAAGAAGAGAGAGAGUAUGCCAUUUCAUCCUUCAAGGCAGGCAAGAAAGAUGUGCUUGUUGCAACUGAUGUUGCAUCGAAGGGGUUGGAUUUCCCCGAUAUUCAGCACGUUAUCAAUUAUGACAUGCCGGCGGAAAUCGAAAACUAUGUUCACCGGAUUGGACGCACGGGAAGAUGUGGAAAGACUGGAAUAGCAACGACAUUUAUAAACAAGAAUCAAAGUGAGACAACACUCCUUGACUUGAAGCAUCUCUUGCAAGAGGCAAAACAGAGGAUACCUCCUGUGUUGGCUGAGCUUAAUGACCCAAUGGAAGAUGUGGAUGCAAUUACUAGUGCAAGUGGGGUAAAGGGUUGUGCUUAUUGUGGUGGGCUUGGUCACCGUAUCCGUGAUUGUCCCAAGUUGGAGCAUCAAAAAAGCAUGGCCAUUGCCAGCUCCAGAAGAGAUUAUUUUGGAUCUGGAGGCUACAGAGGGGAAAUCUGAUAUGUUUAUGGACAGCUCUGCUGCAUGCAAUUGAUGUUUUCACUUGAUCGCCCUCUUUUUUGUUUUUUUAAUCUUUUAUUUUGCCAUGCUGUUAUCGUAUGUGCUAAGAGUGGGGAGAUUGCUGAGAACUUCCAUAGAAUUGGUUGUAGUUUUCCAUUAUUAGUGGUAGAUUUCAGCUAUAAAAUUUGUAAGACUGAUGGACAGACUUUCAGCAUUAAAUUUAGCUGGAGCAGGAGCCAAAUUUAGAAUAAGAUCUAUAAGAAUUGCUCAAAAAGGUUCACUUAGUUUAUCAACCUGCCAUCAUUCAUUUCUGUGAA